AUGCCUGUCCAAGCCCCCUACUUGCUCCCGAAACACGGCCGGCAGAAUCUCACCGCGCGAUUGUCUCAACUUCACGACUCCUCGACAUCUACUAUAUCAUCUAAUAAUGGUGUCGCAACGCUUAUCAGGGCUAUCCGCUGUGCGGAAGCAACAUCUACUAGUAGAAUUGUACGAAAAUAUCCUUUUCUAGUACCCAAUGCGACCCUCCUAACCUACUAUUAUAGCUCCAGUCUCAAAUAUGCCUGUCCUCAUGGGGUAUUCGUGAGCCUCACACCUGGCGACCCAACCCUUUGGUCGGGCAUAAUAUUUGUGCGGAAAGGGCCAUAUGCUCCCGCCAUCCUCCGCUUCCAAAUCUCCUUCCCACCCGCCUAUCCCUCGUUACCACCACUCGUUACUUUCUCGACAGAUAUAUUCCACCCCCUAAUUACGCCUCUUACGACGUACAUGUACACAACUGAUAUCCAGAACUCUGGCACGGUAUCUGCGACUGACGAGGAGCGGCUACCUCCUGGCGGAUUUUCCUUGCGCCAUGGGUUUCCAGGUUGGUUUGGGCGAGCUAGCAGAAGGUCUGCCGGCCGUUCCCCAGGCGGCAAUAUGCAGACACCGAGUCGAGUAGUGAGCGGAAUUGAUAGCCCUGGCUCUGUGGUCUCGGCCAUCAGUGCAAGUCCAACUCCCGGACAAAAUACAGGCAGCAGUGACAGGAGUAUUGGGAAUGAUACAACAACUGUUGAUUUUUCCAUCUGCGAUGUGUUGAGAUAUAUACGGAGCACAUUUGAUGACGACCAAGUCCUUGAUAGCGUCCAGUUGGAAGCUGCGGGUAACCCAGGGGCAUGGCACGCAUGGCGGACUCAUCGUGUCAAGUUGGGUAAACUCUCCGCUGCUGAAGUCAAAGAGAACUCCAAUUUACAGGGUGGGUUGACUGAUGAUGUGGAGAACCCUCAUGGUGGCCCUGAGGUAAAUCCGAAAUCGCCGGGCAAUCCACCAGCAGCCGUUGCUACUAGGAAACCAGGAGAGUGGAAUUGGGAUGGUGUAUGGGAAGUCCGGGUGAAGAAAGGAGUCGAUGCUAGUGUUGCCGAUGCAGCGUUAUUUGGUUCGUCGGCGGGGGAUGAUUUGAUACACUUUCUAAACAUGGACAAGGAGCAAAUCGAGACCAUCCAAGACAACAUCCGAAGAAGUUUGGAACCUGUGGAGCCACAGAGAAGAGGCAUUGUGUAG